UUGCCUUUCUUUCAUGUCUGCCCGACAGAUGAAAACAUAAAUUUUCAUUUCUAAAGCCGGGCUGAAAUCUGCCAUAUUAAGGAAGAUGUUUCUUAUUUCUUUAUCGAUUUUCAACCAAUAUAGAUCGAACUGUUAACAUCGUACAUCUAUUAUAAUUAUAGAUAGCUAGGGCCCAAUUUGUACUGUAAUUCCUUCUUUGGUUCUCAUAGCACCAUAAAAUGAACGGAUUGUCCAUAAGCGAGUUGUGCGGCCUGUUUUGUUGCCCACCCUGUCCGAGUCGAAUUGCAGCGAAGCUGGCCUUCCUGCCACCAGAACCCACCUACACUCUUCUGCCAGACCUGGAGUCCAACUCACCUGUGACCUCUAGCCUCGGAGCCCCGGGUUUGCGUUCCCGGCUGAGUGGAGGUGGAUCAGGAGCGGGGGAAGCAGGGGUGAGUGGAGCCGGUGCGAGUGGAGCUGUCGCGAGUGAUGUAGAGUGCAGUGGAGAAGGCCGGUGGAAGCUACACCUCUCUGAGCGAGCAGAGUUUCAGUAUUCUCAAAGGGAGCUGGAUGGAACCGAGGUUUUUCUCACUAACUCCAGCCGGGGCAACAAAGUGGGAUGCAUGUACAUCCGCUGCGCCCCGUCCGCAAGGUACACUGUGCUCUUUUCCCAUGGUAACGCUGUGGAUCUCGGUCAGAUGAGCAGCUUCUACAUCGGCCUGGGCACUCGCAUCAACUGCAACAUCUUCUCCUAUGAUUACUCCGGCUAUGGGGUCAGCACAGGAAAACCCUCGGAGAAGAAUCUGUAUGCAGACAUAGACGCUGCCUGGCACGCUCUGCGCUCAAGGUAUGGAAUAAGCCCAGAGAAUAUAAUUCUUUACGGGCAGAGCAUCGGCACCGUUCCCACUGUGGACCUGGCGUCUCGAUACGAGUGUGCCGCUGUGGUGCUGCACUCGCCGCUCACUUCAGGAAUGAGGGUGGCGUUCCCGGACACAAAGAAGACGUAUUGCUUUGAUGCUUUUCCAAACAUUGAGAAGGUGUCUAAGAUCACGUCUCCAGUGCUGAUCAUUCACGGGACGGAGGAUGAGGUAAUUGAUUUCUCUCACGGUCUGGCCUUGUUUGAGCGCUGUCCGAAGGCAGUGGAGCCGCUGUGGGUCGAGGGGGCUGGCCACAACGACAUUGAGCUCUACAGCCAGUACCUAGAACGCCUGCGUCGAUUCAUCAGCCAGGAAGUGGCUGCGCAGUAAAUUCCUAGCAGGUCACCAAUUCAGGAAACACCCUACCAACAUCCCAACCGAGAAUGACAGAUCUUAAAGGCCCGGUGCACCUGGACACUUUGUGUCGGUAUAUGGUAGGCAUAUGUGUACUGUAUAUAUAUAAAUGGAACACAAACAAACAGAAUCCAGUUUCGGAAAGUUUGUUCUUCCGUAAACUCCUGACUCUUUCUCUCCUGUCAGCUUGGAGCUGAGUUUUGUACUCAGAAGUCUUCACAUCUUCAGACUGAGUUGACAGAACCUGUGUGUGUGUCCGUCUCAGGAAGGGCCUUUGUUUGAGACACUUGCUUGCAGCCGAUUGGUUGUUUUGGAUUGUGAUGUUUUGUGAACGGGACGAAUGCAAUGUCCUUUAAACUUGUGAAGGUUAAUGUCUUUCCUUUUUUCCUCGGUCUCUCGUGGGUAAUCUGUUUUACAUAUAACAUCAACUUUAGUGAGAGAAGCUCUCUGCUGGACAGAUCUUUUGUGCGUGCGUGUAUGUGCGAACGUGUUUCUUAUUGAAACCUUCCCAUGUGUUAGUCAUCACGCAUCUGAUAUACAUGACCAGUCAAAGUUUAUGCGGCUCAUCAUCUUUGAAACCUUUCUUGAUCUAAAGAUUUGUGCUGCAAAUGCACGAAAAUUUGUUUUAUAGAUGAAUAUCGAUUGUGCUUGUAUGAGUUUUUUACACAAAUCUAAGCAGAUGUCCGGGAUACUUGGAACCCCUAAGGUGCAUCCCAGAUGUCCUGUACAUCUAUAGACGUGUAAUCUAGGCGAAGUUCAGUUACUUUUAACAUGGUCAAAUAGAAGAUAACAUGAUUUUGUCAUAAGGACCAUCCUUUUAACAUGCAAAAUAGUAGAGACUCCUAUUCUGAUAAAUAAGUGUGUCCAGACAUUUGUCUGGUCAUGUGUAUGCCAAGAGAUGCCAUUUCUCCAUUUUUCAUUUUUUUAAACAUCUGUACAUUUGCUUCCCAGCAUGUACAAAAAUAUGAACAUGAUGUUCUACCCAAAACACUGUUUUUGGGGACGUAUGAAGCUGGGCUGCUGCAAUGUAUCACAAUUCUUUAUGUACUUUUGAUACUUGUGUCAACAUUUUGUACGAACGCAUUCACAAAAUUUCCUACAGCCAGAAUUAGCAAAAAGUGUGUCACGCCUCUCCACUGAGGUGAAGUUCACAAGAGACAUUGAAACAGAUCCCUGGUCCAAUUAAUAUAUGUGUGAUGUAUGGCAUUAUGACGUAGGUUUUACAGUGUGUGUUGUAUUGUGAGGUAGUUGGCGAUACCCGGCUCUAAAAAGGGAACUUGAUUUGUAAAUAUGCCUCCUUUAUUCUACUUGUUUCCACAAACCGAAAUGUGGCAGAGGUACUAAAUUUUGCCCACUGUGAACAUCCUACAAUGACAGGAACCUUCACACUACACCCGAAAGUGGCACCAAAACGUACACGGAGCUACACCUGAAACCCUCACUCUUCCUCACGCGCACAUUUUCCCCAGUGCUUUUUCUGUCAUUUCUUUCUCUCGCUGUCACGGACAUGUUACAAUGUUGAUGUAAUGGUGCAUAAGUAACCUCUGACCUUAACGCCCACGUCAACCCGGAACUGACUUGUGAUCGACAGUUUUCUGAGCCAUUUUUAGAACGGGGUCGUGAUCUCCACCUAUCGUUGACCUCUUGUCUGUGUUUAUACGUGCGAGAGGAAGAACUGUGACAGAUUUUAAUACAACCGCAUGACUUUUGGCUAUUUCUAAUGGCAUCGCGGUUUGUAUAUUAAGCUAUUUAUAGCAGUAAGUUCUCUGGCAAACAACGUCGCUGUAAUACAUACGCGCCUGUGUGUUCUAUGGGGUAUUUAACAUGAACUUUUAGAUCUAUUUUUAUAAGGUCGAAAAAUCUUUGCUAUAAUACAAACGAACCUUUCACUGUUUAAGAGACAUUCAUAAAGGCAUUGUUGUGUCUGUGUAGGUUAGACACGUACAGUAGAUUUACUUUUAGGAAUUGUUUAGUCAAGAAUGAAAAUUCCGGCGUCAUUUGCUCAUGUCUUUUUUAAAAUUGUAUGUCUCCCCUUCUUCUGUGAAACAUAGGAGUUAUUUGUGCUUUCUUUAGUUUGCUUUCGCUUAUACAUACAAUGUAUACAGUGGCUGUCGAGCUGAAAAGAGAACAAAAAAAUUAUUCAUAUUUAUGUGAUUUGUGUGCUUUAUUACAAGACUAAGACCAAGAACAAAGCUGUGAAGAUGUCUCCUGGUCACUGUAUGCUUUUGUUACAUGGGCAAAAGCACUUUAACUCAAUAAUUCCCUUUUAUGCCUUUUACAGAAGAAAGAGAUUCAUAUACAUUUGGGACAACAUGAGGACAAGUAUAUGACAGUUUUCAUUUUUUUGGGUGAAAUGUUCCUUUAAAGGGCCAUUCCACCUAAUGCACGUGUUUUCUCUGAUGUCUGGGGUUCCUAAGACAUGUUUAAUACACUGUUCCAUGGGAAAGUGAAGUGUGUACUCAGGAAAUUAAGUCACUUUUUAAUUAAUUUUAUUAGUGGAAACAUCAGCUGACAACACACCGCAUAUUUAUUCCCUUAAUGCUGCCAGUAAAAUAUGACACGCUUUUAUUGGUCUUAGGAACCGCAGACGACAAACAUAUUCAUGUUCUUCUACAUACUGUAUUUCCAUUUGUGUCAUAGCAAGGGUUAAAAAGAACUGGUUUGCCCCUUUUGUAUGCAUGUUAUAGGUAGAAUAUGUAUCGAAAUGAAAAUGGAGUAAUUAUAGUGCGGAAAUAUACUUGUAUAUUACGACUCUCCAAGAUGAAGUAGUUAACUUAAGCCUAAUAUAUGAAAAGGAUGUUAGGAUGUGUAUUUCUUUUGCAUUUCUAGAACUUUAUGUGUAAAGGCUUCGUAUUUGCAUCCUAAACGAUCCAGCAAUAAUGUUCAACCUUUGACUGUGAGAGCUGGUCACUCCCCCCAGAUUCACACAAAACUGAUCAUUCAAAGGGUUUGUACUGACAUAGCACAGACAUACUGACUCACUCUAAAUCAGCUGCUCUGAAAUACUGUAGGACGAUUUUGUAUAGCGAUGAAGCUGCGUCUAUGUCAAGGUCUAAAAGAACAUUACUGUAUAUUUCCUAUUACACAUCUGUAUAAAGAGAAUUAUGGUGUGCCCUCCUUAUGAUGUAAGAUGCUUUGUGUGUUUUGGGUAAGAUGUGAUGUACUGUGGUAAUAAAGGUAAUAAAGGAAAGAUUUAAAGAGGAGUUUUUAACUGUGUUGUCAACAGCAGACUAGUGGUCGACAUUCAUCUACCCAAAAAUUUGAGUAAGAUCAU